AUCACAAACCGUUUUCCUUUGACGCGUAUGGCUCUUCAUUACUGUCAAAUUAACAAACAAUACCCGGGUCUUUUAAUUUAGCUCAUUUGCUCCAACAUGGUUUCGAAAAAGAGUUGUGAUAACUAUAACCGCUCGCUUUCGCCCGAACUGCAUGCCGCGCCGAGAGGCUAUGAGAAUGUCCGUUUGUCACGUUCUUCCGCGUGAAUGUUUUCCCAUCGAGACGACCGUAUCGUGUUUUGUGAAUUAAUGGUGUGAUCCGUGGAUCUAUUUUGCCGGUCUUCUUCGAAAUGAAAGCCUCGUCUAGUUUUCUCAACGUGACGUUCGUCUUGACGUUGUUCAUUGACAAGCUUGUAGGCGCGGAGACUCAUUUUGAGGAUCGGAAAUCAUUGAUAGAAGAAAACCGAAUUGCCAUCAAACACUUACUCCAUGGUCGAAGCUACUUAAAUCCCGGAGGAAUUUUCGAUAUCGAUCCAGAUGAUGUUAAAUUUUCCUACUAUAAUACAAAUAGCAAGGACAGUGGGAUCGUUUUUGAUAAAAACAAUUUUACCACAGCUCUGGAACCGCACUGGAACCGGGAGUUACCUGUCAAGAUCUUAACUCACGGCUGGCGAUCAUCCGAGUAUUCGGACGCAGUUGCACAUAUAAGAGAAGAAUAUUUAAACACAACAAAUUUAAACAUAGUGACGGUAGACUGGUCACGAGUGGCAUCUAAUAUCAUAUAUCCAAUAGCAGCCGUGCAAACGUUUCAAGUAGGAGUACAGAUAGGUGAAAUGAUCGACGGAAUGAUCGCAAAGCGCAUGAUGACUCUUGAUAAAAUUCAUAUCAUCGGGCAUAGUCUUGGAGCCCACGUCGCUGGAGCUGCUGGAUCUAACUGUAAAACCGGCAAAGUCUACAGAGUCACAGGAUUGGAUCCGGCAAUGCCUUGCUUCGAAGGUAUUCAAAGCGCAACAACUCGCCUCGAUUUGACGGAUGCGGAAUUUGUUGACGUCAUACACACAGCAGCCGGCACAGCUGGAUACUACAGUUCCAUAGGUCACGCCGAUUUCUACCCCAAUGGCGGAACUCCUCCUCAGCCGGGAUGCUUCGACGCGCCUUUGGACUUUCAAGCCACAUUUGCUUGCAGUCAUUUUAGAGCUCACGAGUUCUAUUCGCAAAGUAUAACGAACCAAGAAAAAUUCAAGGCCUACCGUUCUGAAUCGUAUUAUGCUUACAACAGAGGAGAGUACAAUCAAAGUGAUUACACGUACAUGGGUCAUCAUACACCAUCGAGCGCCAGAGGAGUAUACUAUUUGAACGCCAGAAUGUAGAGCAGGAAUCUUCAAUAGAUGGAUGGAUGGAAAUUUUCAGCAUUCUCCUCAGCGCUACCUUGAAAUGAUUGGAAUUUAAACAAGCUGGAGGGUCUUCCUUCAGUCGAAUCUUGGACUCCCAGUUCGUAAUCCUCUGAUUAAACUGAACGGUUCGCAAACAUGACACGACAUUUUUCUGAUUCUCAUUUACAAAGUUACAUUAUUAAGUUCAAUCUGUUAUUUUAAGUGCUCUUGCUGUAUAAAAUAAGAUAAAAUGCUGUGUAGAAUAAAUACAUCCUUUUUUAACUACUCGA